UCACAUUCCCAUUCCUCCAACCAUUUCUUCUUCUUCUCGAAUCAUCUGAAAAUUUUCAGAACUCAAAAAAAAAAAAAAAAAUUCAUAGAUUCUGAGAAGUGGGUUUUUUUUGGGUAAUUAUGAAUAAUUUCAUGGGGAGAGAGUUGAAGGCUUCUAUGCAGAACGGUGAGCGGCGGGGCGGGGUUGCUGCGGCGGCGGAGGACCCUCCUUCCGACAACUUGGGUACUCCGGUUCUGACGGAAACCAUGUCUACAGAAUGGACGGAUGAGAAGCACAGCAUGUACCUCAAAUCCAUGGAAGCAUCAUUUGUCAACCAGUUGUAUAAUUCCAUGGAUUCGCGUGGUCGGAGCUCGCAAAAGGGGAAUUCAUUGCACCAUAAAUUGUCAAAGCAACCGCAGUUUAACUCUCGUGCCUCUUCCGGCCAGUUUAAGGUACUUCGAGGUGGCUGUUGGCAGAAGAUCAAUUUUGUAAGAGCUGAAGCUGAAGCAAAUAAGGCAGAUGAAGAUCUCCUGGCAAAUCCGUGGGUCGUGCACUUUAGAUCUGCCGGCAAGCCCAAAGAGUUUGAAUAUCCCGAUGUUCAAGAACUGGCUGCAUCACAAUGUGAAGAAGUCGAUUCAAGUAGGAAGAAGGAAAUGACGGGUUCACCAGCGACAUGCUCAAAGCAGUUUCAUGCAUCUCACUCUCAGUUGCGCCAUCAGGAAUUGGUUGGAGGGAAUACAGAGGUCACAGAUCAGAACUUUGUCGAUGAAGAUAUUAAAGAAGAAAAGGAAGUCCGUUCAUGUGACGGUAAGAGUAUAAAAAUGCUUAUACUUAAUGCCUCAAGUAACGAUCAGGUUGUUCCACUCCGCAAGCCUGCUGAUUCCUGACGACGUAACCCGGGUAAGAGAAAAACGGAUGCAUUGGACGAUUAUUUUCUAUCCUAUGAAAUAAUGGAUGGAUAUUGGAGACUGCAGAUAGACUGUAGACACCGAGUUUAAGGUGCUGUUGUGUACACGCACACUUUAAUGUGUAUCUCAAUGAGAGGAGGUAGAUAAAAUUUAAUCAAGGCAUAUGUUCGUAUGUUUUGAACACGAGUACAAGUGGCAUCAGAACGGCGGCAGGAGAAGGAAUCGGGUGCCAGAAUGUGCCGUUAUUAUGCCCGUACAGAUUUUGUUGAUCUUGUUGUUAGUACCAUUGCCAAUUACUAAUACUGUACUGAUUGAAUGUAGUAUCUCAUUUUUUCGGGUGAGGCGGAAACCGGCAGUUUAGACAGCUUAUUGUCUACUGCGGCCGAGCCUUCUGCAGCGCAAUGACUGUUGUACCAAGCCUGAAAUAAAGUAAAAGCAUUUCUUUAGGCAA